GAUAAUUAACAUCAAAGAGGUGAAAGUUGUUUUCCCUUACCAGUACAACUUUGCUGAAGUCUUCAAUGAACAGGCUAUUGGAAUAGUGAAAUGGCUUAAACUAAUACACAAGAAGCAGAAAAAACCCUUUACUUUGGAUAGUCCUCUUCCAGCAGACUUAGUCAUUAAGAUUAAGUUUUUCUCUGUGGAGAUUUCUGAUGACAUAUUUGAAGUGAAGCUCAAAGAUAACUAUGCGCUUCUUGAAGAUGAAUACAAUGAAAGUUUGAAGAGAAAGAAGAUGUUAGAUGAGAAGCUUGAAAAUUUGAGAAAAACUAAUCUUCUACUUCCACUGGAAAAAAUUGAGGAACUGUAUAAUUCGUUGGCCAAAAAAAAUGCUGACAUCUACGUUCAAAGAUCUCGACUGCUGUAUCACAAUGCUGAUUUAAGAACUCCUUUGAUUACCUGGACGUUUGAAGGUGUGGACUUUGUGGUAGUUGCUGACACUUCAUAUCAUGGCACAGACAGAGUCAUCCAAGUUUUAAAGGAGAUUGAUGAAGAAAGCCCCUUUCCUGAAGAGGGUUUAGAGUUUACGACACUGUGGUGUCGUAGGGUGAGAGGUAGCAUGCAGGCUGUGAGUUGCCAGCUACGAAAUUAUCCUCAGACGUUAUUAGAAAUCAAAGAGUUCCAUGUAUGGGGUCGCCUUGUUGGGGCCGAACAAGAAGCAGCACCUCGAGCUAAGAGAACAACUGUAAUACAAGUAGGAGAACCCUGGAGAGACAUGACAGUAGAAAGAAGUAUGCCUUCUCUAAAAUUUUACCAUGAGUUAAACUGCGACAUUGAGUCAUUCUGUAGUGCAUAUGGUCCUUGCUGGGACCCAAUCAUGGCUCAGGUCAACUUGUCCAUGGAGAAUAUUAGUAAACCUUCAGCUGACCCCAGCCUCAGUCUUCCCUGGUGGGACAAAGUUAGACUUCUUUUACACGGACGUCUAACUAUGUCCAUCCAGCAUCUUACCCUAUUGAUGCAUGCCUCAUUGGACCCAUACAACAUGAUGGAACAGAUGGAGAUGACGUGGUCUGACGUUAUUAUUGAUUGGACAAAUGCAAAGAUCAUGAUGCAGGGAGACCUGGAUAUAUACGUCCAUACAGCUUCCAAGUAUGAUGACUGCAGACUGCUACACAUUCCAAAUUUGAAGUUUAGUUUGAAGUUGGACUGGAUGUGUUUGGCUAAUCCUAAUGAUCAUCAUGUGGUGAUGCCCUGUGCUCCUGAUAAAAUUCCAGAAUACUCUAGUAACCAGGUUCAUGACUCGUACCGAGCUUUUCGCUCGCAACAGUUGAAUAUGUCACUUUCAAUAGAAACAAAGCCUGUAGCUUUGGAAACUUCUUCCGAUAUUCCGACAAUGUUACUGUACAGCAGCACACUUCGUUGGUUAGAAAACCUCAAGGUGAUUCUUUCAGGUGUUCCAAAACUGACCCGCCGAGGAAUAUUGUUCAAUAAUAUUAAACCCAGAAAAGUACCUCUGAGCCGUCAUUAUCGGAACAUUCGCUUGUCUGUCAACUUUCACAAGUUCCAGGUUUGUUAUUGGAUGUCCUUCACAAAGCAGAGAGGCUUUGAACUUCUUGGUGGUCGUUUGUCACUAAGUUCUGAACACACACUAGCACUUACACCCCUGGUGGAUGGCCUUAAACACAGGACACGAGCUGACUGGAGAAUAGCCUACAUGAAUUGUGAACUACGAGAUAGUGAAAUCUGGCUGUAUCAUGGCUCAAUGGAUGAUCAAGAAAUUGAUGCAAACAAAUCAUUCAGAGGACCUGUGGACAGGAAUUAUUUCCUGAGCGUGACAAGGGUUUCCUAUGGGAGAGAAGCUUCUAUCAAAGAUCUGUUAACAGAACAGGAUAUGGAAGACACACCAACACAUCGCCUUGUAGUUCAUGGUUUAAAAGGAGCAUGGACCAAGCAUAAUCGUGACGUGGUGUUCUUUCUAUUUGACUCGUACAUCAAAGCAACUCUUCUGAAAAGAAAUCUUUCAACUGAGGCACUGAAAUGCUUCAAACUCGAGUCACAGGCAACUCCAGUGAAAUCGAAAAACAUGAUAGCUGGAUCAUCUUCCAUUUCUCAAGCUGCCACUCCCAGCCCAAUGACCCGACUACAGUCUGGACAUGCUGCCUCUAUGUUACAGAAACUGAUAGCUGAGGCUGAGGCCAAUUCUGUGGUAUUUACUGAAGAAAUUGAAGGAGGUACAAAAGAGCAACAACUGCAUGGUGUUGCUGCCUGUCAAACAGAUGAUGUAUUACACAAGAACUGGCUGAUUGAACUCGUCAACAGCCAAGUGAUGCUGAGAGGUUGUGAGACUUCAGGUUAUGUGAUUGUUAGUGCUUCCAAGGCCCAGAUCCUUCAACGCAUUCAUCGACACACUUGGAAAGAAAGAACACUAGUGUCUAAAACCACAUGGGUCGGUUCCUUGGAGUGUAUGCAGUACUAUGCAACAGUAGAUGCUGGAGAUCCUUCACCUUCAUUUGAUAAUGUUAUGUGGCUGACAGUGGACAAUAUUGAGGCACAGAAAGACUCCAUGGUUAUUAGUGAUCUUGCUGACCUUGUUGGAAGUGGACAUAGUGUUGGUGGUGUGGUUAGUAGCACCGUUGGUGGAGCUUCAGAUCCUACUUCAGCCCCAUUACAGCUCCAACGCAUAGUAUCUCGAUGUGGUUGUCAGUUUUUCUAUGCCAGCUAUGGGGAAAAUGUUGACCCAAGUACUUUGGAAGAAGUCCAUCCUCCUCCUACCAAUGAUGAUCCCUGGGAUCAGGAGGUUGCUGUGGACUCAUUUACAUUAACUCAUCAUGAUCUUGAUAUUUGUACAAAUUCACUCCAGUAUGCUAUGAUUUUAGACUUAGUUAACAACCUACUCCUUUACGUGGAACCUCGAAAGAAGGAAGCCAGUGAAAAGCUUCAGAGAAUGAGAUUUCAGUUGCAACUAUGCUCAAUAGAUGACCAGAAAGUUCCAAUUUUACAACUUCAGAACCAAGUCAGGUCUCUUGUUUUUAAUUUACGACGGCUAGAAAAGGAAGCUUAUUUGGCACAGAAAGCUUUAGAAGAGAACCCUUCUAGGGAAGAUCUGGCUGGGGAUUUAGAACAGCUUGAAAAAGAGAUAUAUAGCUAUAAGGAGCAGCUAAACUUUGCUAGUGAGGAACUCGCUAUGAUGAUCAGUUGCUUCAAGGAAAUGCAUGUUAGUGCUACUAAACAGCGUCAACUUGCCACCGCUCAGGAAAGUGGGGAAGACGUAGUGCGGCGAAGUGAAAUGUGCUUUAAACAUGCACAGUGGAGAUUGACAGAUGCAGAUGGAUUACUGGGAAUUGCUGACCUUGUUCUUAGCAACUUUUUGUACUCGAAAAUAACCAAGAAUGAUGACUCUGUUGAACAUUUGCUGGAGUUAGGAUAUUUUAAAGUAACCAAUCUUUUACCUAACCAACUUUAUAAGGAUGUCCUUCAACCUACUGAACUCCAACCUAACAUACCAGUGGAUCGACAGCAAGCUCUGAGGAUUUUCUGUCGAGAUAGGGCUCCAGUGGGAGGAAUAUCAGUGAAAGAACACUUAGAAGUCAACGUCAUUCCUAUUACUAUAGGUCUUACUUAUGCUUUCUUUACAACCAUGUUGAAGUUCUUCUUUCCCGAGAGAGCUACAGAAAAGACAGAAGAACAUGGCUAUGAAGAACAAGAUGGUGCAGGAACAUUAAGUCGGCAGAAAAAACGAACAACCCUAAGUAAUCGAUCAACUCCAACUAGUAUAGAUAGAGAUGACAUCGAUAAGAUGAAAGAAAGAGCAGCCGAAAACCACACCUUCCUGUACAUUAAAAUUCCUGAAGUUCCUAUCCGUGUGAGCUACAAAGGUGAAAAGGAAAAGAACAUUGAGGACCUCCAUGACUGUAGUUUGAUGCUUCCAACAUUAGAAUACCAUAAUCGGACUUGGACCUGGCUUGAUCUUUUGUUAGAAAUGAAGAAUGACUCUAAACGAGUAUUGCUAUCCCAGGCUAUCAAGCAAAAGCUACAAAUCAAAUCCAGCAAGACCUCCUUGGAUGAAAGUAGUCAGCCACAAGAAGAAGAUAAGGCUCGUCUUCUACUUGGCUCUAAGCUUACUGGUGGACCUGAGAAGGGAACCAAGAAAGGUUUAUUUGGUAAAUCAAACAAGUAAUGGUCAAGCCAU